ACUUUGCAAAUAACUCUGUACAAUCCAACAAAUUCAAAAAUCAAUUGAAUUCCAUUCCCCAAACCCAAAACGAAGAAAAAUAUCUGCAUCAAUUAGUAAGCCAUGUCUACUGGAGCUGCCGGCGAUGGCUUCUUCCGGAGCCUUCUCGAAGGCUGCAUUACCGCCGCGGACACCGGGAUCCAGCGGCGCCCCUACCACCGCAACUGUGGCUGCGCUCUCCACAACUCCGCCGGCCACUGCCCCCACCGCUCCAGAUACGACAAGGUCUCCUACCCGAUCCGCCGCUCCUGGAGUGAAGGAUCGUUCUCGCUGAUCGGCCAGUCCUCGCUGUCUCCGUCCUCCUCCCCCGCCUCCGCGUCGGCGGAGAUUCCGAGGACAGCGUCGCAGUUGGCGCUGUACAGAGCAGCAGAGGAUGAUGAGGUGUACUGAUCAGGAUGCAUGCCAUAGAGCUUGAGCACAAGAUGGAGUGAAUUGCUGCAUAUGAUCAUCUAUCUAGAAGGGGCAGAAUCGUGAACUAGAGAAGGAGCAACCCUAGGGGUUGGCACAGGCCGCCCUAUAAAUAGAAUGAGACACACGUCCACAUUUAGACCACUUGGAGAUUAGCUACCUUCAGAGCUUUAGUUAGUUAGCUUUCGCUUGAAGUUUCUGGCCACCUGCAUGAAGAAAGUCCAUCGUCCGUUUCAACCAAUUUGCCACCGUAGUUUCAGAAAUUUAUUCAGUUUCUGAGAGCCAAAUAAUCUUUUACUUGCUUUGUUUUAUGCUUUCUAAAGUUUUGACACUUGUUUUACCUUGCAUUCAACACCGCUCUUAGUUUAACUCUUGUUGGAGACA